GCAGUCGAUGGAGACAACUCUAUUCCGAACGGACGUGUCGAAAGCGGUGGGAAACGUGAAGAGAAGGAAAGACACGAAACGAAAAUUCGCGCGGUUCGACUGGAACCGAGGAAGCUCUUCAUAGUUCACACUCUCGUUCGAUCUUUCCCAUGGCUGACUUGAAUUGUGCUCCCACGUUCGAUCACACCCCACGUGCGUACGUAAGGAGUCGGGGCUCGGGAUCGAGCAAAAUGAGAACCGAGCGAGCGCAGCGCAGUCCGUCUUUCUCUUGAGGCGCCCGGAGACGUCGUCGAAGCGUUUUUUCUCCCCGGACAUCUAGAGGUUGCUUUCCCCUUGGCUCCAACAGUCAGACUCGAUCCGACGAGCCGCCGCUGCGAAAAUUUCUGUGCCAGCAGCGGAAUCGCUCGUUUACCAACGCGCACACCGCCACUGGACCCAGCGCAGACAGUUUCAGAGGCGGGUCUUUACUGAAAGUUGUGGGCAUUGGCAUGGGACGAUGGCCGAAUUGAAGCCCGGAGACAAAGAGCCUUUGAUCCGGUUGGACGAUGAAUAGAGAAUCGGUCUAGUGUCCAAAGCCAGAGCGCUGAGCCUGGCUGGCUGGCUGGCGAGUUGAUUGAGAAUGAGAGAGUGCAUUUCAGUCCACAUUGGCCAAGCGGGUAUACAGAUAGGAAAUGCGUGCUGGGAGCUGUUCACUCUCGAGCAUGGAAUUCACGCCGAUGGAACCAUGCCCACCGAAAAGAUCCAUGGAAUAAGAGGAGACGAUGCUUUCACCACGUUUUUCAGUGAAACAGGAGCCGGGAAGCAUGUUCCCCGUGCUGUAUUUUUAGACCUUGAACCCACCGUUGUCGAUGAGGUCCGAACCGGGACUUAUAAGCACCUCUUCCAUCCGGAGCAGCUGAUUAGCGGCAAGGAAGAUGCUGCUAACAAUUUCGCUCGGGGUCAUUACACAAUCGGCAAGGAUAUGGUGGACCUGUGCCUAGAUCGACUGCGAAAGCUAGCGGACAACUGCACCAGCCUCCAGGGCUUCCUUCUCUUCCACGCAGUCGGAGGCGGCACGGGAUCGGGGCUCGGGUCUUUGCUUCUGGAACGAUUGACAGUGGACUAUGGCAAGAAAGCGAAGCUGGGAUUCACCGUGUACCCAUCGCCGCAGGUGUCGACGGCCGUCGUCGAGCCAUACAACAGCGUCCUCUCGACGCACUCGCUGCUCGAGCACACAGACGUCGCUGUGCUGCUCGACAACGAGGCCAUCUAUGACAUCUGUCGACGUUCCCUCGAUAUCGAACGACCCACUUACACCAACUUGAACAGGCUCGUCUCACAGGUGAUAUCUUCGCUGACGGCAUCGUUGCGUUUUGACGGCGCUCUGAACGUGGAUAUCACGGAAUUUCAGACGAAUCUGGUGCCGUACCCGCGGAUCCACUUCAUGCUGUCGUCGUAUGCGCCUGUGGUUUCAGCAGAGAAAGCUUAUCACGAGCAGCUUUCGGUGGGGGAAAUAACCAACAGCGCAUUUGAGCCAUCGUCCAUGAUGGCCAAGUGCGAUCCUCGUCAUGGAUUCAAGUGCGGUAUCAACUACCAGCCGCCGACUGUAGUGCCUGGCGGCGAUCUUGCCAAGGUGCAGCGAGCCGUAUGCAUGAUUUCCAAUUCCACCAGCGUCGCCGAGGUUUUUGCCAGAAUCGAUCACAAGUUCGAUCUCAUGUACUCUAAGCGCGCAUUUGUUCAUUGGUAUGUGGGUGAGGGUAUGGAGGAAGGUGAGUUUUCUGAAGCGCGUGAAGACCUCGCGGCCCUCGAGAAAGACUACGAGGAAGUUGGAACAGACUCUGUCGAUACAGAAACAGGAGCUUUGUCUGCACGAUCGAACGUUUCAGACUCAGGGGACUAGUUCUCCUGGAAGAGGGACUAGCUUCCCUCUUCCUUCUACCCUCGAGCAAGUAAUCGACUGUUUCUCGUCUUCGUAAAUUAGACCCUGAACUUCAUGAGCGAGCUGUCAAAACUCAAAUCAUCGAUGCCCACGUACAGGCUCAACGCUGGCUUUGUAACGAGGCGCAUUCCCGACAAUUUCUAAUUUGUUCUUGUUUCAUUACGCUUCUAGAGAGGGAACGAAGGAAGGAUCGAACUAUCCACCCAUUCAUUAUCUGUCACACUGACUGCAAGGUAGACCUUAGUACUCAUGUACAUAAAUUUUGACAAGUUGAACAUCGAAUCCGAUUGCUGAAACAUCGACUUACCAGUGGCUCCUCCAGAUUUGAUCAUGAGAAAGAAAGAGUACAGUACUGCAUUUUCUGUUUGUGCUCUCGUCGUGUGCCCGCACGCACGCAGUUUAUGCACAUUAAUCUCCUACUGAAGAACCGUGCCACUUGUUUGUGAUACCUUCAUUGUCUGCUGCUGGAACGUGCACGAAAUUUUGAGCUCAGGUAGGCAUCGUGUCCACUCCUUACUCUUGCGUGAUUCGGUUUGAAACUUUUUUUCAGUGUACAUUGAUUUAAUUUUCUUCUAAAUCUGACCAUGCUUUUGGUAUUCUCUGGAGCACAUUUUUCGAAUGGGAUAUGAAUAAUCACUUGAAAGCGUGAAGAGGCCCAAGGUAGCCGGCAGUGGAUGCUGAUCUUGCUAAUGAAAAGUAGUAACGGACUGCUGUCGUCAGCGUUCAGCUGUAAAAAUCUGAAGGAAAAAGGCAUGACGCGUUGUCAAAGGAAGGAAGGAAGAGAGAGAGAUGUGAUGGAGGAUGGAGAGUCUCUCCUAUACUUGUUCCCUAAGUUCGGAGUUUCUGAUUUUAGCCAAGAAAUCUUCUGUCAUGGCCAUACGCCAAGUGGUACAGGAGUUGAAGAAUGGAAGCAACUUUUCGGAGAAUAUAACUAUUUGUACUUUUAGAACAAAUAGUGAAGCAAUGAAAUUUAUUUGUGAUUUUGCGGGGUAUCAAUUUCAAGAUCGAAGGUGAUGGUUUAU